UCGCAGCUGAAAGAGCAAAAUGAAAGGGUUAUGAAAACCAGAAAUCGCAGUCAAAUAAAGCUUUCUUCUGUCUUUGCUUCAGCCUACUGAAUAUCAAUGCUAAGAAUGCAACAAUGAGACGCAAAACUCAAACCCGAAAAACUUCCUCAACUCAUGGCAUCUAUGUUACCCAAAAAGCUUACCCCAAAAUCCCUCUUAAAAUUCCUCAAAUCUUCAAAAAACCUCAACACAACACUCUCCUUAUUCGACAUAGCUUCACAACAUCCAAAUUACACUCACGACGCCAUUAUCUAUCACCAUAUUCUCCGCAAACUUUCCCUUUCUUCCGAUCCAAGAUGCAUCCCUCACAUGAACCGUAUCGUCGAUAUGAUUCAAACCCAGAAAUGCUUAUGCUCUGAGGAUGUAGCAUUAGCUGUUAUUAAAGGGUAUGCUAAGAAUUUAAUGGUUGAUAAAGCUAUGGAAGUUUUUCAGAACAUGAAGAAAAUUUUUGGCUGUGAACCUGGGAUUAGGUCUUAUAAUACAUUGCUUAAUGCUUUUGUUGUUUCUAAUCAGCUGAGUAGAGCUGAGUUGUUUUAUAAGUACUUUGGAACGAUGAGAGUUUCGCCGAAUUUGGAAACAUACAAUGUUUUGAUUAAAAUUGCUUGUAAAAGGAGGCAAUUUGAUAAGGCGAAAGAGUUGUUGGAUUGGAUGUGGGACAGUAAUUUGAAGCCCGAUGUUUAUAGUUAUGGAACUUUGAUCAAUGGGCUGGUGAAGAGUAGAUGUUUGGAUAAUGCCUUGAAGGCGUUUGAUGAAAUGUUUGAAAGAGGGUUGCAUCCGGAUAUUAUAUGUUAUAACAUUUUAAUUGAUGGGUUUUUGAAAAAUGGUGAUUAUGAUAGUGGUAUGAAGAUUUGGGGGAGGUUGGUGAGUGGGUCGAAUGUUUACCCGAACGUGGUUAGCUAUAAUGUGAUGAUUAAUGGUGUAUGUAGGUGUGGUAAGUUUAAUGAGGGAUUGGAACUUUGGGAUAGGAUGAAGAAAAAUGAGCAAAGAAUGGAUUUGUUCACAUGUAGUACGUUGAUUCAUGGUUUGUGUGAAUUGGGCAAUGUCGAUGGGGCUGAGAGGAUUUUUAAGGAAAUGAUUGAGACUGGACUAUCGCCCGAUGUUGUGGUAUAUGGUGCCUUGCUUAAUGGUUAUUGUAAGGUUGGGGAGAUUAAAAAGGGUUUUGAGUUGUGGGAGCUGAUGGGGAAGGAAGAUUGUCGUGCCGUCACUAGUUAUAACAUAUUGAUGAGAGGUUUGUUUGAGAAUCGAAUGGUGGAUGAAGCGAUUUCUAUUUGGAAGCUUAUGAAUGAGAAUGGUAUUGUUGCCGAUUCAUCAUCUUACGGAAUUCUAAUUCAUGGGUUGUGUAAGAAUGGGUAUCUGAACAAGGCUUUGAAGGUCUUGCAGGCCGAAAAUGAAGGAGAAAGAGACAUGGAUUCAUAUGCAUACUCAUCUAUCAUUAAGGCGUUGUGCAAAGAAGGAAGAUUGGAUGAAGCAACUGCUAUGUUUGAUUUGAUGGCUAAACAGGGAUGUAAAUUAAGUUCUCAUGUUUGCAAUGCGCUAAUCAAUGGAUUUAUCAAAGCAUCUAAAAUUGUGGAUGCACUCAGAUAUUUUGGUGAAAUGAGCAGUAUGAAUUGUUCGCCAACGGUAGUCUCCUAUAACAUGCUGAUAGAUGGGUUAUGCAAAGCUGAAAGAUUUGGUGACGCCUAUAAGCUUGUAGAGGACAUGCUGCAGAAAGGGUGGACGCCAGACAUGAUAACAUAUAGCUUGUUGAUGGAUGGCCUUUGCCAGAGCAAAAAGUUAGACCUGGCCUUGAAGUUAUUGAGUCAAGUUAUUAACAAGGGAUUCAAGCCCGAUGUGACCAUGGUUAACAUUAUAAUUCACGGCCUUUGCUCUGCCGGUAACCUUGAGAACGCGUUGCAGCUCUUUUUGAACAUGAGCCAAUGGGAAUGUCUCCCGAAUCUUGUCACAUACAACACCCUUAUGGAGGGAUUUUAUAAAGCUAGAGACUGCAAAAAUGCUUCAGCGGUUUGGGCUCUUAUUUUAAGAGGCAGGCUUCGGCCAGAUAUUAUUUCUUAUAAUAUUACUCUUAAGGGGCUUUGUUCUUGCCAUAGAAUGUCAGAUGCCAUUUUAUUCUUGAAUGAUGCCGUUAGUAGGAAAAUCCGUCCAACUGCAAUUACAUGGAAUAUACUUGUCAGAGCAGUUAUUUGUGGCUGAAUUCUAACAUAAUACUUAUGAAGUACGCACCUGGUGGGUGCCAGAUGCCAAUUUCUACUUGAUUGAUGCGCUGAGUAGGGCUGCGAUUAUUAUUCACUAUCAAGGCAAGUUUGUCUGACCUCUAUGCAGUAAUCUUUUUUAAGUUAUAAAAAUUGAGGGGACAGUAAAGGCAACAGAGAUGAUUGUGCAACAAAAUUGGGCUAUUUGUUGGGAUGAAAUAUUCUUAAGGUUAAGUUGAGUAGAGACCCUUGAACCAGCUUCAUCGAGCUCUUUGAGGGCAUUUUCACCAAUCUGGUCAAUCUCGGCAUUGGCAUCUUCAGCA